CAUAGGUGUAGCAACGGAGAGAGAGAGAGGGUACUGGAGAGGACGUUGUCUUGUGCACAGGUAGUGAGUGUGUGGAACCAUGUCUGGUCGUACUCGGCAGAGGAAGAAGGCGACGGGGAGCACACGGAGUGCCCGACCUGCCGCAAAGUCGAGCGGAGGUGGUGGCCAGCGGAAGGGACGGAGCGGUGGGCGACGCGGAGACGAUCGUGCCGAACGGGGGGAGCGCGGCGUGGCGGCGGGAGACGGUGCGGGACAGGACGAGGCGGAGACGGGCAUCUUCCUGCAUCGGGCGACAGGCGCGGUGUACAAGGGUGAGACCGUUGUGAACAGCGCAGGCAUGCCUGUGCGGCACGGCAAGGGCGAGUGGAUCGACGGCGAGGCCAAGUAUGAGGGCGAGUUCCGCAAUGAUGUCAUGCACGGCAAGGGAUCGUACACGUACCCGUCGGGCGCAUCAUAUUCGGGCGAUUGGGCCGACGGCAAGUACUCAGGCCAGGGCACGUACCAGUGGCCAGAUGGUUCGUUUUACCAAGGCUCGUUUGUGGCCAACGCCAUCCACGGCGAGGGCAAGUUUGUCGACGCUGCCGGCCGCGAGUGGUCCGGCUCGUACUACAACAACGUCGGCCCGGGCCUGGUCCACGACGAGUACGAGUGAACACCGACCCGCCUGUGCAGAUCUUUGAGCCAUCGCGCCAUUGUGAGGGCGAUCACGACUUGAGCUCCGGACUCGGCCCACACCUUGCGCUACAAGACUGUAAACCUGCCGACUUGGCCCG